GUCUCUCCCUGUCCCGGUCUCUCUCGUGGAAGAAACGAAACAGGUGAGAUUAGUUCCAAUGACUCCGUCCAAGUCCACCUUCACCACCCCUCCCUCUCUCUCUCUCGUCGUUUCCUUUACGUCACGGUUGGACAUAGACAAAGCUAAACCUCCUUUCUUCUAACUUUUAAGCCAACACACUCACAAAUCACAACUCUCCUUCUCUCUUUCCUACCAAACUAUUAUAACUUUCUCUCUCUCUCUUCUCUUCUCUGUAGCUCCACCUGUAGACCGUUGCAAAGUCCAUUCGCAGACACGUCGAACAAACAAAAACCAUGCUUCGGACAAAAACAUAAUAAACAAACCAACCCAACAGACAACUCAACCCCAUAUCAAGAUCAGCAAACCUUCGUCUUCUUCUUCUUCUUCCUCUUCUAGUAUUAUUAUUAUUAUUAUUAUUAUAAAAUAUUAAUAUUAUCAUUAUGGCUUCUUCUUCUUCUUCUUCUUCUUGUUCUAUGUUUGUGGUGGUUUUGGUUCUGUUUCUGGCUGUGUUAAACGACGUGGUCGUCGUUGAUGGGCACUUCGUGGUGGAGACGGAGAGCGUCAAAGUGUUGUCGCCGCUGAGCAUGCGAUCGAAGCACGACGGGGCGAUCGGAAACUUCGGAGUUCCUGACUAUGGGGGUUAUAUUGUGGGCUCUGUCGUAUAUCCCGAUAAAGGGUCGUUUGGAUGUGAGCCCUUUGACGGAGACAAGCCUUUCAAGUCUCGCCUUCCUCGUCCCACUGUCGUUCUUCUUGACCGUGGAAAUUGCUAUUUUGCUUUGAAGGUAUGGAAUGCUCAACAGGCAGGAGCAGCAGCAGUGUUGGUGGCUGAUAACAUGAAAGAGCCAUUAAUAACUAUGGAUUCACCCGAGGAGAGCAACGAUGCAGACGGGUACAUCGAGAAGAUCAACAUUCCCUCGGCCUUGAUAGAGAAAUCCUUCGGCGACAGCCUUAAGGAGGGGUUGAAAAACCGUCAAGACGUGGUGGUGAAACUGGACUGGAGAGAGUCAAUGCCCAACCCCGACAAGAGAGUUGAGUAUGAGUUUUGGACAAACAGCAACGAUGAGUGUGGGGCCCGCUGCGACGAGCAAAUGGACUUCGUCAAGAAUUUCAAGGGUCACGCUCAGAUUCUCGAGAGGGGAGGCUACACCCUCUUUACGCCACAUUACAUUACUUGGUACUGCCCGGAGGCUUUCAUCCUUACCAAUCAAUGCAAGUCUCAGUGCAUAAACCGCGGGAGGUAUUGUGCGCCCGAUCCCGAGAGGGAUUUUGGCGAGGGGUACCAAGGGAAGGAUGUGGUGUAUGAGAACUUGAGGCAGCUCUGCGUGCAUCGAGUUGCCAACGAGAGCAACCGCUCUUGGCUUUGGUGGGACUUUGUUACCGACUUUCAUAUCCGCUGCUCUAUGAAACAGAAAAGAUACAGCAAAGAAUGUGCCGAGGAUGUCAUGAAAUCUCUAGGUCUACCCAUCGAGAAGAUUAAGAAAUGUAUGGGCGAUCCCGAAGCUGAUGUGGAGAAUGCAGUUCUAAAAAAUGAGCAAGUAGUGCAGGUCGGCCGAGGAUCUCGUGGUGAUGUUACCAUCUUGCCAACAUUGGUUGUUAACAAUGUCCAGUAUCGAGGAAAAUUGGAGAGGACAUCUGUGCUAAAGGCAAUAUGUGCUGGAUUUAAGGAGACAACAGAACCUCCAGUCUGUCUGAAUGCAGAUAUCGAGACAAACGAGUGCCUCGAAAGGAAUGGUGGCUGUUGGAAACAUAAACAUUCUAAUAUUACUGCUUGCAAGGACACAUUUCGGGGAAGAGUUUGUGAGUGCCCUGUUGUAAAUGGAGUUCAGUAUAGAGGCGACGGUUAUACAUCUUGUGAAGCUUUUGGGCCUGCGAGAUGCGCAAUGGACAACGGAGGGUGCUGGUCAGAAACUCGUCAUGGAUUAACUUUCUCAGCUUGCUCAGACUCUGACUUGACCGGUUGCCAAUGCCCACAAGGCUUACGAGGGGAUGGUUAUAAGUGUGAAGACAUCGAUGAAUGCAAGGAACGUAGCGCUUGUCAAUGCGAUGGUUGCAGCUGUAAGAACACUUGGGGUGGAUAUGAGUGCAAGUGUAAGGGAGGCCUUCUCUAUAUGAAGGAGCAAGAUACUUGUAUCGAGAGACGUGGAUCGAGAUUUGCGUGGCUCAUAACUAUUAUGGUUCUUGCUUCGGUGGUUGGAUUAGGUCUUGCCGGUUACAUAUUUUACAAGUACAGGCUUAGGUCGUACAUGGACUCGGAGAUCAUGGCUAUCAUGUCACAGUACAUGCCACUGGACAACAAUCUCAACAGCCGAGUGCAGACUGCGGAAGCAGAACCAUUACGACAAGGUUCCGUGUGAAUUCAUGAGAAAUAAAAGAGGCCAAUGGAUUGAGAGCUGAAGAAGAACAUCCAUCCAUUGUAGAGGAGAAACAUAAUAUGGAUGUGCAUAUGGUGGUUGUAGAUACUUAAGAGAUACAAACAACCAUUUGAUAGCUCUUGUGAAAACCAGAACCACUUUAGGAAAUUCUCUCAUGUGAGCUAUCUAUCUACAGGAACUUUCAUAAGGGAACAUUUUUUUUCUCUUUUUUUUUUCCUAGAUAAAUUACUCGAGAUGUAAAUGCUGAUUUGAGGAUUUAAAAAAAAAAAAAAAUCGGUGUAGCUGGCAACACAUAGCAGAAUAAAAAAGGAAUCAAGGAAGAAUGGGGCUGUGAAAAUUAAAGAUAUAUAAGUCUUCCUGCAGUAAGCAAACACUACAAAAUGUUGUUCACUAUUUGUUGUAAAAUAAAUAAGAGGUCUUCUACAGUUCCGCAGUUUA